AUGGCUGCCCUUUGGUAUUUCUCGGUCCCUCCUUUCGACAUUGGUGCCCUCUUGCUCCUCCCCGUGACUAUUGGGCCCAGCAUCCCUUUGGCACAGCUGUUCUUCCAGGUCAUGGUUCUGCUUGGCCCGUGGAUGCUGUUAGGCGAUUGCAAUAGUUACAGUUCAAGUUCAGAAAAGUGUGGUGGGAGUAGCAGAGGGGAUUACUCAUCCAAGCCUUUUCGUAACUUCCUAUCCAAUGCAGCAGCUAUAGAGCUUGGGUUCCAUGGGCCCCAAUAUACAUGUGUGGGUUGUAGAAGUGAUGGAGUUCAUGUAAGAAUCAGAUUAGACCAAGGGUGCUGCAACCAGGAGUGGCAGGAGAUGUUUCCUAAUGCAGGAAUAAAGCAUUUGGUUGGCCCUACAUCUGACCACAAACCUAUUCUUCUUGAUACUCAUUUUGAAAAUAACAACAUCAACAAGCCAUUCCGCUUUGAGGCAAUGCUUCUUGCUAGCAAGUGGAACAAAACUAGUUUUGGACAAACCAAAACUAAAAUCCAGGAGCUAGAAAGGCGCAUUGAGGCAAUUCAAUCAAAACCUCCCAGUAAAGAAGCUUUGGAGGAAGAAGCAAGCCUUAUGAUGGAAUUAAAAGAGUGGCAAACCAGAGAAGAGCUUAGAUUGAAGCAAAAGUCCUGUGAGUUAUGGCUAAAAGAGGGGGACAAGAACUCAAAAUUUUUCCAUGCCUCCAUUUUGAUUAGAAGAAGAAGAAACAAUAUCUCAGAGAUUAAAUUAGAGAAUGGGGAGAGAAUUUAUGGCAGGGAGGAUAUUGAAAAGUAUUUUGAAGAUCAUUUCAAUGAGCUUUAUAGCACUUCAAAUCCAUCUUUCCCUGUUGACUUGGAGAAUCUAAUUGAACUAAGUAUAUCAGCAGUCGAAAACACAAGUUGCUCAAAAUCCCUUCAGAAGAAGAAAUUCAAAGAACUAUCUUUGAGAUGA